CAAAACUAAAAGCAAAAAAACUAAAAAAAUCUUUAAAAAACUCUCAAAGCCUCAAAGAAAAAAAGUGAAAAAAAAAGUUUUCAAGUGAAAAAGUAAAAAAAAGCAAAAAACAAUGGACAGAAGCGUACUUAUCCCAUUUUUCUACGACGACGAGCCAACUGAAUGGAGUCUCUUCGAUCCAUGGCGCUACGCUCUUCAAAGCUUCGGACAUCAUCAUCCCGCCCAUCGUCACGGAUCCAACAAGAAAAAUGACUUGUUCAGUCAAUAUUUGAGAGAACUCCAAAAAGACUUCGAAACUGUCCAAAAACUCGAUGACGAAGGAUUCCGUUUCCGUGUCGACGUUCAGGAUUACAAACCGGAAGAAAUCAAAGUUACACUUCAUGACAACACAGUAACUGUCGAAGGCAAACAUGAGGAACGUUCGGAUGCUCACGGAACAAUUUCCCGUCAAUUUGUCAGAAAAUUCGCGUUGCCAAAGGGAGUCAUCGAUGUCGAAAAGUUGCAAUCGAACUUCAGCAGCGACGGAGUUUUGACGAUUUGUGCUCCAAAAUUGCCAUCGAUUGAGAACAAGAAACGAGAAAUUCCCAUCGAGCGUGUUGGGCCAGUUAAGGAGCAGCUGAAAAAUAAAGAAGAAGCCAAAAAUGGAGCUGCCAAUGGCAAAAAUGGCGAGAAAAUGGAAACAAAAUGAGCCAAAGAAUUAAAUGUUAUUUAGUGCUUAGAGUUUUGACUGAUUAAAAUUUAAGAUUUUUUUUUGCAUUUUUAUAAAAAUGUAUCCUUGAUAUUGUGAUUUUAGUUCAAUAAAACAAAAUUUAAAUAAAAAA